CUUCUCUAACACCAGCAGACGCACACCGUAAACAGUAGUACUGUAGAAUAACGAUGGCGUUCUUGAGGAUGUCAAUGGCGAAAAGCAUCGCCCGUGAGAGCAAGAAUCGUUGUAUCUUGGCCUUCACAAGGUGGACUCACGCCAUCGCGCAGCCGCCGCCUCUGGACAGUGCGAUAAGUCGAUCAACAGUAGUACCGCCGAUGGUUUUGCCGGAAUUCGAAAAACGCAUAGACACCUUCAAUAAUGAAAUCGGGCCCGGUUUCUAUGUUGGCAGCGGAUCUAUGGAGCUCAUGGCCGUCCCUAAGAAGAAGACGUCUCCUCAUAAACGUGGAAUAAGAAAUGGACCAAGAGCACUCAAGCCAAUUCCAGUGAUCAUACGUUGCAAGGUUUGUGGGCGAGUGAAACUGCCUCAUUUUUUCUGUUGCAGUGGGCUUAGAGACACAAAUGGACAAAAUGAUUCCACCAGUUAAUCACAGAUUCAUAAUCAUUUUCAAUCUUGUUUGAAAACUCAUAAUAGACAUAGAAUCAGAUGUCAUAAGAGACAUGUUCCUUUCCUAUUUGAACUUUUGUACAACUGGCAUUUGUCAAUGAUCAGUUUCUUUUUCAAGGUAGCUUCUAUGGU